GACAGAUCAGUCAACGAGAUUCUAUUUCCCUCAUCGCAUUGCUGCGUUAUCUUCUCUCUUUCCUUCGCCGGUUCCUUCGCCGUUGCUCUUUUCUCGCCCCUCGUCGUCGAAGGCGAGAAUAGACGCGGCGGAGGCGGUCUCUUUUCCCUCUCCGGAUCCUUCUCUAUCUCUUAUCCUCUCCUCUCGCCCGCUCCCUCACGCUGUUCGCUGAUGGAGUCUUCGGUGACCGGUGCGGCGACGACCGAGAGUCAGCGGCUCCGGGACAAGGUGGAUUCCUUCCUCGUCGAAGCCCUAGAGAAUCCUCGCCAUCGUCUCACUGUUCUGCGUAUGGAGUUUGACAUCCAGACGUUUAUGCAGAAUUCUGAUCAACAUCAAUUUGAAUUUCAGCAUUUACCAACUUCGUAUCUGAGGUGUGCUGCUCACCGUGUUGCUCAACAUUAUGGACUGCUUACCACGGCAACAGACAACUCUGCAGCAGGUGGCCUAGGUAGUAGGGUUAUUGCCAGGAAGACACCUGAUAGUAAAUUUCCAAAUGUUUAUUUAUCUGAAAUACUUGUCAAACAAACUGAAAAGGAGACAUCCGGACAGUUUAAGAUUGUCCGGCGUCCAAGGCCAGCAAAAGCUUCCUCAAGUGAUAAUGUUUGGCUUGGACAUAAAAAAUGUUCAGUGAAGUCUGUGGAGGAGCGCAAAGAGGAAUAUGAUAGAGCACGAGCUCGCAUCUUUAGCAGCUCUAGCAAUUUGGAAAUGGAUGCAUCAUCUGCUGCUUCGACAAAUGGCGAUGAGCAGGAAUUAUUGAUGGAGGAGAUUGAAAAGAUUCACAAUAAAGAUGGUUUUUCUAGAGUUGCCAUUUUUCGAGAUAGGGAGAAGGACCGCUCUGAUCCAGACUAUGACCGGAGUUAUGGAAGGUAUGCUAUAGGGCUCGCUCCAGGCCAGAGUUUUGGCUUGCAAGCAUGCCAUAGUAUUCAGCCAACUUUCCUACAGUACGAUGCAAACAUUUCUUCUUUUAAUCACUUGCCAAGGAACCAAAGUUGUUUUGGCCUUAAUCCGUCUAACCCGUCCAUGAACCCGUUUUGUGCCUCUGGAUACAACCAGAAUGUCAAGGAUGCGUUCUGCAUGCAAUGGCCCAGCCCUGCCAUGGUGUAUGCUUAUUCCUACGAACCUUUGAGGCAGGCUAAUUUUCAGGCACCGCCAUGUCAGCAACCUUUAAGCUUUGAUCAUCCAAGGAAUUGAUGCUUCUGGUUAAGUUGUGUAACAUGUUAUCAUUAGAUUUAGAAUAAACUUCAGGAAUGGUUUGUACUAUCUACUGCUAUUGUUACCACUAGUAUCAUUUAGAGCCUUGCUUCAGAUUUGUAGCGUCGGAGGUUAAUAUUAUUUUUAUUAGUACUUUGUUCUAAUGUGGUACCAAUGCGAUAGCCGUGUGUUUUAUAUUCAUGUGAAUCUAUUACAUUAUUUUCUCCGUUCCAUUAA